CGUCAUGGGGGAGUGGGCGUUCCUAGGCUCCCUGCUGGACGCGGUGCAGCUACAGUCGCCGCUCGUGGGUCGUCUCUGGCUGGUGAUCAUGCUGAUCUUCCGCAUCCUGGUGCUGGCCACGGUGGGAGGUGCGGUGUUCGAGGACGAGCAGGAGGAGUUCGUGUGUAACACGUUGCAGCCCGGCUGUCGCCAGACCUGCUACGAUCGCGCCUUCCCGGUGUCCCACUACCGCUUCUGGCUCUUCCACAUCCUGCUGCUGUCGGCGCCGCCGGUGCUGUUCGUCAUCUACUCCAUGCACCAGGCCAGCAAGGAGGCGGGUGGUGCGCAGCUGGCCCCGCCGUGCGCGCGCGGGCGUGCCGAGGCGCCGUGCUCCCCGUGCGCCCUGCGCGCUCGCCGCGCGCGCCGCUGCUACCUGCUGAGCGUGGCUCUGCGCCUGCUCGCCGAGCUGGCUUUCCUGGGCGGCCAGGCGCUGCUCUACGGCUUCCGCGUGGACCCGCACUACGCGUGCGCCGGGCCACCUUGUCCGCACACGGUCGACUGUUUCGUGAGCCGGCCCACCGAGAAGACCGUCUUCGUGGUCUUCUACUUCGCCGUCGGGCUGCUGUCGGCGCUGCUCAGCGUGGCGGAGCUGGGUCACCUGCUCUGGAAGGGUCGCCAGCGCGCCAAGCUGCUCCCGCCGCCGCCGCCGUCGCCCUCUUUGCCAUCGCAGCGCGGGGACCCCGACCCUUUCGGCCCGCCAGCCUACGCGCACCGCUCACCGGCAGGCGACAGCGAGGGCGAAGGCGGCAGCGGCCACAGCAAAGCGUCGCUGGCUACCGUGCGCCAGGACCUGGCCAUCUAGCGGCGAGAUCGGAGGCUGGAUAUCAGCACCCGGGUCCUUGGAGGCAGAAGGCUUUGCUUCUGAAAGACUGCGUAGGACCCUGCCUGAGCAGAAGAUGAGCAGAGGGGACCGCCAGGGUUCGGGUGGGGGAGGUGUCGCACUUCCUAGUGCUGGUUACGGCAGCCGUGUUAAAUCAGGGAGGCUCCUCGGUGCUGUGAUCCCUGCGGAAAGGGAGGACGCCAAGGGCUCCCCUGAGAGGCGGCAAACCGGCCGUGGGUGACCUGAUUGUUGCACCGGGGACAAAAAUCAACAGUGAUGGCAACAUUCCCAGGUUCCCUGCUAAUUCAGAGAAGAGUGGUUUUCCGUGAGCGCUCUGCACACACUCUCUCUGGACACACUCAGAUGGGUUGGCUGCUCAAGCAUAGUAAACCUCUAUGAGCUGUGUGUAUUUGCAUGUGUAUGCUUGUGAGGGUCCGCACAUGCGUGUGUCCACACGUAUACAUCUCCCAAGUGACAGGCGAUAGAGACCUGGGUUCAUGCCUGCGUGCACAGAAAUGUACAUGUAUGUCCUUGAAGGCUCUGUGUGGAUGCAUGUACGCAUGCGUCCUGUGUUAGCUCUGUAUACACACCUAUACACACGUACAUUCUGUGUGUGCAUCCGCCACCACUGUCAGUCACUAACCCAGCCACCUAUGAGGCAACUCUGUCCCCAACAGGAACUGACAGCAAACAGUCCUGUUCAGUCAGAUGUGUUCUGGGCCCAGUGGCCAGGCAGGGUAGCCCAGUGGCUAGGCAGGGUAGCUAAGCUCCACCUUGGAGGCUGACUGGGACUGGGGUGGGGCUCGACUUGAAACAGUGCUGUGCUUUCGGCUUACUUCAUCUCUGGUCCCACCUGCCAUUGUUCCCUGUAAUCUAUAAAUGUGACUGACUCCUACCAAUCGUCAAGGAAAGCUGCCCUUCAAAGAGAGGUGUUUCUGGGUCCCCAUUCCCUUGCAACUAGCCUAGACUUUUUGUUUUUGUUUUUCGAGACAGGGUUUCUCUGUGUAGCCCUGGCUGUCCUGGAACUCACUUUGUAGACCAGGUUGGCCUCGAACUCAGAAAUCCACCUGCCUCUGCCUCCCGAGUGCUGGGAUCAAAGGUGUGCGCCACCGACUUUUUUUUUUUCCAAAGAGAUGCCACAUGGCUCUGUCACCCUUUUCGUUCUGUCCUCUCACCUGUGUUCCUCCUUUGUCACCUGUGUGGCCAUCCUGAAUACCCUCACUAGGACCAAGUGAUUAAGCCCUGACAGAGCAGGCCUGGCUGCCUUCCCCUGCACCCCUGGCUCUGUCAGAUCCACUGCCCAGGCCCUGCCGUUAGCCACCAUACCCCAAACAGCUCGUUCUCCCCCACACCAGCCUUCCUCUGGCCUUUGUAUGCCCUGGGAGCUUUCUACAUAGCCUUAUUGGCCAUAGGGGAAUUCCCUGUUCUUGGGGUACAACCAGCCUUUUCCCCAGGCUUGCUGCACACUAGGCUCCCCUUAGUUGGGCCUCCACCCCUACCUUGCCAUCCGUCAAACCAGCCUGAAGUUUCUGUCCCCGGCAAGCAUGCCCACUUGGUAUGCCAGUUUUAGACAUGCUGUUGGGUGCAGUCUUACUUUCUGAAGGCCUGCCCCCCCCCCAUUGCCUGCCUUUGUCUUUUGGUCUCAUUUGAAGAAAAUGUGCCUCAAGGCAUGGCUUUCUCUGCCCUGAGCUACAGUCAGGCACCCUGUGUUCCAGCCUCGUACCAUCUGGGCAUGACAUAUAGUGUUUUGGGCUCCAUCACUCCAUCACCAUGCUGAAGCCCACGCCCGCACUCCCAGUGGACGAGUCUGGUUCUCGGAUGUCGGGUCGAAAGCCUGGAACCCUCCACUCAAGCAUACUCGUGGAUGUCCAGCUGCCUUCCAAAGACAGUCACUCAACAAUAGCGGUUCAAGAUCACUCACAUUCAAUACAGUUGCACAUGAGACACAAUGUAAUAUUUAGGUUUGAUUUUGAUUUCUGAGAUAGGAUUUUUGGGGUUUUGUGUUUUGUUUUGUUUUGUUUUUGUUUUGUUUGAGAUAGAUACAUAGCCCUGGCUGGCUAGGAACUCAAUUUGAGGCUGACCUCAAAUUCAGUGACUUCAGAGACUGUCCCUGGCUCCCACUGCCAGGAUUAAAAGCACACAUCCAUACUUACAAUGUAAUUUCCAAUUUUCAUUCAACCACAUUAAAAAAGCAAACGGACACAGGCAAGAUUAA